AUGCUGGCCGGCCGUCACACGUCCUCCAACCCUCGUCCAGCCUACUCGAACCUGCCUUCCCAGCAGCGACCACAAUCACCUGGGCAAGGUGGCCGCCGCCCGUCGGGUGGUGUGCACUACAGUCAGCAGCAUCCGCCGCAACAAUCAUAUCAGCGCCCACCACAGCCAGCGCAGCAGUCAUAUGGGCCUCCGUCCGGCCAGGGUUAUAGCAAUAUCGGCCAUGAUGCGCGACUGAACUCCCCACCUCCUCCGGCGGGCUACGGCGCAGGACCUCGUCCCCAGGGCCGUCCUAUGCAACAACAGCAACAGUACAACGCGCAUUCGCCUGCGCGGACUCCUCAGCCGCCCGAUCCUGAAUCCGCGGAACUCGGGACCAUUUUUCAAGCCGCCAACGUGUCGCGUUCGGGGCAUCUGACAACCACCGAACUGGGUUCGGCGCUGGUCAAUGGCGACUACACACCGUUUGAUGUAUCUACUAACCAGGCAUUGAUGCGCAUGUUCUCAACGUCACCGCACGGCCAGCCGCAAGGACCUACACUCACGUACCAGGAAUUCCAGAAUCUCUGGAGAUUCCUUGCCGCGUGGAAAGACCUUUUCGAGAAAUUCGAUGAAGACCGAAGUGGGCGGAUAUCGCUGAAUGAAUUUUCCAACGCCCUAGUGGCAUUGGGCUACCGGCUGUCACAACCUUUCGUCGGGCUGCUGUACCAGACCUACAACGAAAAAGGUAUCAAGAUAGCCAAUGAGCGGAGGGGCAGCCGCGGUUCGGUACAGGGCCAGGGAAUGAGCUUUGACUUGUUCGUCCAGGCCUGUAUACAUCUGAAGCGCAUGACGGACGUCUUCAAAAAUUACGACGAUGAUCGGGAUGGCUAUAUCACGGUGAGCUUCGAGGAAUUUCUGACAGAAAUACUUAAAUUACGAGACUGA